CAAUAAUCCGACAACAUCUCAAGACAUAUGUCGGAAGUAACCGAAAGUAUGAUAAUCCUAAACCCAAGAAGGCGGGUCCGUAGCGGUGUUGUGCCGGGGAAGCUGAACGAGAGGAAAUCAAAACCCUAAACCCUAAAAAAAUAAUCCUCACCAAAAUUUUUGCCAAUCCGUCUCAAAUGCUCAGGUACCGCUCCUCCCCUGUAAAAUCUCUUCCCUUUUGCCGACGAUUCUUCUCCAGUCGAACCCCCAGCCUCCCCAGAUCCCAGCUCGUCGAUCGCCUCUCCCUAAUCCUAACCCUAGAGCGCUUCGACGCCAUCUCCAGCCUCCCCUUCACCUUCUCCGACGAGCUCCUCGACUCCGUCCUCUCCAACCUCCGCCUGAACCCUAACGCCUCCUUGCACUUCUUCGACCUCUCUCUGACCCACCAAAAUUUCAAGCCCAGCCUCACCUCCUACUGCAAGAUCAUCCACAUCUUGUCCAACGCCCGCAUGUUCGACGCCGCCCGAAAAUAUUUGAAGCAUUUGGUCAGAUUUUCUAACCCUGUUGUUUUCGAUGAAGUUGUUGGGGUUUAUAAGGAGUUUGAAUUUUCUCCUACUGUUUUCGAUAUGCUUUUGAAAGCUUAUGUUGAGGUUGGGUUGGUGAAGGAGGCCCUUUUUGUGUUUGAUAAUAUGGGUAAGUAUGGGAGAGUCCCGAGCUUGAGGUCUUGUAACGGGCUUUUGAGUAGGUUGGUUAGAGCUGGGGAGAGUCGGACUGCCAUUCUGGUGUAUGAGCAGAUGACCCGGACUGGGAUUUCGCCUGAUGUUUUUACUGUGUCGAUAAUGGUUAAUGCUUAUUGUAGGGAUGGGCAGGUUAGCAGAGCUCGGGGUUUUAUCGAGAAAAUGGAGAGGAACGGUUUUGACGUGAACCGAGUUGCCUUCCACACUCUGAUCGAUGGAUACUGUAGUUUGGGGCAGACGGAAGAGGCAUCUGGGGUUGUUGAGUUGAUGUCCGCGAGGGGGGUAGUACCGGAUGUCAGGACUUGUACAUUGUUGAUCAAGGGUUUCUGCAUUAAAGGGGUUUUUGAAGAAGCUGAAAAACUUCUAAACAACAUGAAGGAGAUGACGGGCUUAGAGCCUGAUGAAGUUUCUCAUGGUGUGCUGAUAAAUGCAUAUUGCGUGUUAGGAAAGAUGGAUGAUGCCAUCAGGAUUCGCGACAAGAUGUUGAAAAUUGGACUUAAGAUGAACUUAUUCAUAUUUAAUGCUAUGAUUAAGGGUUACUGCAAGGCAGGAAAUAUUGGAGGAGCAGAGAAAUUGGUGAGUGAGAUGGAAGUGGGUUAUGUGAAACCGGAUUCGUACAGUUACAAUUCACUUUUAGAUGGAUAUUGCAAAGAAGGUCUCAUGAGCAAGGCGUUUUCAAGUUGCGGUAGAAUGGCUGAGAAAGGCACCGUGUUGUCAGUUUUAACAUAUAAUAUCCUUCUAAAAGGCCUUUGUAUGUGGGGUAAUAUCGAUGAUGCUCUUGGCUUGUGGUUUUCGAUGCUAAAAAGGGGUAUCAUGCCCAAUGAGAUUACUUGUAGCACUCUACUAGAUGGGUUUUUCAAAAUGAAUGAUUCUAAACGGGCAUUGAAGCUUUGGUAUGAUAUUCUUGCUCGGGGGUUUGCAAAAAGCCAUGUAACAUUUAAUACGGUGAUCAGUGGGUUAUGUAAGAUGAAAAGAAUGGAUGAUGCAGAGAAGAUCUUUUGUAAGAUGAAAGAAUGGGGUUGUUGUCCUGACAGCUUGACUUAUAGAACUCUUAUAGAUGGAUACUGUAAAGUUUACGACAUGGAUAAAGCUUUUAAAAUUAGGGAUGAGAUGCAAAAUAUUGGAAUUUCACCUUCUAUUGAAGUGUUUAACUCCCUCAUUACUGGCCUUUUUAAGUCUGGGAAAAGUGGAAAUGUGAACAAUCUUCUAGUUGACAUGCAUACUAAGGGAUUGGCUCCCAACAUAGUGGCUUAUGGAGCUCUAAUAGCUGGUUGGUGUAGAGAAGGAUGUACAGAUAAAGCUUUUGAUACAUAUUUUCAAAUGGUCGAUAAGGGGUUUUCUCCAAAUUUGUACAUAUGUAGUGCUCUAAUUAGUUGUUUCUAUAGACAAGGUAAGAUGGAUGAGGCAAACUUGUUGCUGAGGAGAACAGUGGACACUAACAUGUUUCCCCAUCUUGAUAGUUUUUUGAAGUCUUGUACCUACAAACAAAAUAAUCUCGAAAUGGAUAAAAUUUUAGAUCUCUUUGAUGCAACUACGAAUGGAAAGUUUCUGCCAAAUAACAUCAUAGGUAAUGUUGUUUUGUCUGGACUAUGUAAGAGUGGAAGAAUUCCAGAUGCAAAACGAUUUUACUCGGAAAUGUUGCAGAGGGGAUUUGUCGCUGACAAGUUUACUUACUGUUCCCUUAUCCAUGGGUAUUCAGUAUCUGGCAAAAAUGAUGAAGCUUUCGAGUUUCGGGAUGAGAUGCUUAAGAAGGGUCUGAUUCCAGAUAUUAUAGCAUACAAUUCUCUUCUUGAUGGCUUGUGCAAGUCCGGGAAUUUGGAUAGAGCAGCCAAACUUUUUAAUAAACUGUGUGUGAAAGGUCUAACUCCUAAUGUGAUUACAUUCAAUACAAUAAUAGGUGGGUAUUGCAAGGCUGGUAAUCUCACUGAAGCAUUUAAGUUUAAACAAAAGAUGAUAGAAGAAGGGGUCAUUCCUAAUGUUGUCACAUAUUCUACACUGAUCAAUGGUUUGUGUAUGCAAGGGGAGACAGAGGAAUCAUUGAAGCUUCUGGGUCAGAUGAUUGAGGGUGGUGUGGACCCAAAUUAUGUGACAUAUAGUACGCUGGUCCACAGCUAUAUAAGGUGUAGGAACUUGCAGCAGGUCUCAAGGCUCUAUGAUCAGAUGCAUAUCCGUGGGCUUCUUCCAGAAGUGGGUUUG